AUGGGAUCUAUACCUCAAGACAUUGUGUACGACUUUAUAGUCUGCGGCGGUGGUACAUCUGGCUGCGUCGUCGCUAGCCGUCUUGCCGAGAUUCCUGGUGUAAAUGUUCUAGUCAUUGAGGCUGGUGAACACAAUGAGCAUCUUGAAAACGUUCACAUGACAGGAGGAUGUUUCCAAUUAAUGGACAAGGAGACCGACUGGAAUGUCAUCAGUGAGAAGAAACCAGCCGUCAACAACCGGCAGGUGAAACUGAGCCGUGGAAAAUUCCUCGGCGGUUGUUCUGGCUGCAACGGCACAUUAUGCAUUCGUGGUGCCAAACAGGACUACGACGACUGGGGAGUCGAGGGCUGGAGUGGUGAUGAGGUUUUCAAAUACAUUCGCAAGGCGGAGAACUUUCACGGGAAACCUUGGUUCAAAGCCUCCGCCGACCAUGGCACCAACGGCCACCUUAAUAUUGAACCACACGAUCUGGCACCCAUAUCGAACCUCAUCAUGGAUUCCAUGGUAUCCAAAGGACUACCUCUAGACCACGACAUGUUCUCCCACGGAAACAACCCUCACGGAUGUGGACAUGCACCCAGAACAGUCUACAAGGGCUUGAGAACCACUGCUGCAGAUUACGUCACCAAGGAAAACAAGAAGGACAAUCUUCACCUUCUCGUCGAGACCCAUGUCGAAAGGGUCAUCAUUGAGAACGUGGACGGUGAGCUCAGGGCAACAGGUGUCAAGGCCGUCAAGGCCGACGGCUCCGUUUUUGAUAUCAGGGCCCGCAAGGAGGUCAUUGUCAGCGGCGGUGCGUACUGCAGCCCCAACAUCCUCAACCGGUCUGGUAUCGGGGCCAAGGCCGAGCUGGAGAGUUUUGGUAUUCCAACGUUGGUAGACUUGCCUGGCGUCGGCAAGAACCUCAUGGACCACCUUAUUGUCUUCAUGUUCUACGAAACCGAAAAGGCCGGCCUGACCAACGACCACCACGUCUACCACGGCGAUAACCUCGCAAAGACCUACGCCCUGUGGAAGGAGCAUAAAGCCGGCUUCCUUUCCUCAUUCCCCUUUGGAGCAUUCGCCUACGCCCGUCUGGACGAGCGCCUCGCCGACUCGGACCUCUGGAACAACGCCCCCCGGCAGCCCGGCCGUGAUCCCAUGGGUCUCACGCCCAAGCAGCCAAACAUUGAAUUCUUCACCACGGAGUGCUACGGCGGGCCGAAGCAGUACGACCAGUUCCCCACCGACGGGAAGUACGCCUUUAGCAUGAUUGCGGAGCUCUUCGGGCCCCGGUCCCGCGGCACGGUGAUGCUGCGCAACACCGACGCCAAGGCGGUCCCCGUGGUGGACACGAAUUUCCUGUCUGAUCCCUUGGACGUGGAGGUGCUGGCGGAGGCGUGCCGCUUCGGGAAUGAGAUCAUCAUGCAAGGUGAAGGGACAAAGGAUAUUGUCAAGGGGUCGUGGCCGAGCGAUUUGGUGCACCAUAAGCAUACCACGCGCGAGGAAUGGAUACCGUAUGUCCGGGACAACGCAACGACUUGCUAUCAUGCGGCGGGAACCUGUGCUAUGGGCAACGCGUCUGAUCCCAACGUAGUUGUCGACCGGACACUCUCCGUGAAGGGUGUCAAAGGUCUUCGGGUUGCCGACUGCAGUAUCAUGCCUAUUCUUCAUGGCGGUCAUACGCAGAUGCCUGCAUAUGGAAUCGGAGAAAAAGCGGCUGAUCUUAUCAAAGCGGCAUGGAAGGUUUGA